AUGUUCGACGCUGGCCCAAUCACAGGGUUCUGGAAACACAUGGAGAAGAGCGAUACUUACCUAGGUAUACACCUAGCCAUUGGACAAUCCGGGGAGAAUGACGUGUGGGGAGGUCUAGACAUUCGACUUUCACAACCGUUUGCGGAAGUCGGGAUGCUCUGGGAUAUCCCAUUCAACGGCUAUUGA